AUGUUACACUCCACCCUUAGACAGAGACACACAGGCAGCCUCACACUCGCAAUAGUGGACUAUCUUUCUCUCUCUUCUGAUCCCGGGCCUGCUCUCUCGGUAUCAUUCUACUUCGUCGAGGUAUUCGUAGAACGGGCCUUCAGACUAGUCGUCAAGAGUGAUCUAAACUCUCUGCCAUUUGGCAGACGCUCCAACGAGUACGCCCAUCCUCAACCUUCACUCACCGAUAGUCAGCAAAGUGAGGUGAUGCUAUGGUCUUUUCAACAUGUUAGAUGCUUCCUCAAGCCAGGGUAUGUUCGCAUCCAGACCGAGGCCUCGGCUCGAAUUCGUGAGCUCAUCGAGAUGAUUCGCAACCUCGGUUUCGACCUAAAGCACCCUCUGCCAGUCAAGAUGGCAACUACGACGGCCGUUGUCACCUCCAGCGCUAUGACCGACUCCGGUCUCUUCGGUGGCCCGACCAAGCCAGAUCCAGCCGGUGCGAAGUCAUUCUUGCUCUUGGGAGCCGCUCUAAACAAGAGCCAGACUCCUGGUGGUAUGGGAAAAUUGACCCAAAGUGGCCUCGCCGGUAAGAGGGCUAGUCUAAUGUUGUUGUAUGUAUUUGAUCUGACAAGCUUGCCGUCACUACUGCAGCUCUUGACCGAGAAGGAUGUUCUGCACAGAGCAGCAGUCGUCGUAUAA